AUGCUGCCGGUUGGCGCAAAUUCCACAGCAUCGUCGAUAACCUCAAAACGUCGAAUCGGAAGGGUCAUCUUAAAAAAACCGAAUUUCGAGCAUACGAUACUGAGACAGAGGAUCUCACCAAUGCUACCGCUUGCUUUUAUAAUCAGUAUCUCCGGUACUUCUGAGAGGACGCUCAGAGUUUCGCUGAAAAGCAGGGACGACAUUUGCGCCGUUGCUGUCCUCCAGAAUUCUUCCGUAAGUUAUUCGAUCUCGUGUCCUAUCGCUCUGGAGUAUUUUGCUCCAUCGGACUAA